GAAGCAAAAAUAGGAUUCACUUUAUCGUCUUAAUUCAAAUGGCUGCAGCUUCUCUUCUAUCUCUCUCUCUUCCCAAACCAACCAUACUCAUUCCAAAAUCAACCGCUUCCACCAUAACCACCCCUUCCGUUACCACCUUUACAGAGACGCUUGAUCAGAAAUUCGGCCGCAAAGGCAUCAAAUUCUCAGAGUUCGACGGAACUCAGAUCGCAGAACUUACAGUCAGAAAUGGCAGUUCGUUGAAGCUUCAAUUGAACAAUGCUCAUGUCACUUCUUACAAGCCUAAAGUAAACUGGAAAGAUAAUGAUGGAUACGAAGAGGUUUUAUAUACCACUUCUGCUGCAAAAGGCGGAAUCGGUUUGGUGAUUAAUUACGCUGAUGAUAAUUCGAAAUCUAAAGGUGUUGAUUUAUCGGAAUGGAUCGUUAAGGAUGCUGAUUCCGACUCCAUUGAUGCUCUUCAGGUCGAGUUGAGUUGUACCACAAGUGGAACUCUUGACAUAACCUAUGUCAUCUCCCUCUACGCCCUAAGCAUGGCAACCGCAGUUAUAAUAAAAAAUAAUGGCCGAAAACCAGUUGACCUAAAAACCGCUAUACUUAGCCAUCUAAAGUCUAAAAAAAGAGGAGGAACUGCCAUUCAAGGCCUCCAAGGUUGCAAAUAUUGCACGCAACCUCCUUUAACUUCUCAAUUUGAGAUUCUCUCUCCAUCCGAAGCAGUAAAACCAGAAGAUCCAGCCUGGUUUUCCCUCGGGUGGGAGCCUGAGAAGAAAGGAGGAGUUUGGAGCGUGCAAGAUUUGCCACUCACAAUUUUGAAACAUAAAGUUAGUAGAGUUUAUGGUGCUCCACUCGAGGAGAGAUUAAAAGAGUUCUACAACACUCCUCCAUCAAAAUACGAGACCAUUGAUCAGGGAAGAGAAUUGUUCUUCAGGGUGGUAAGAAUGGGGUUUGAAGAAAUUUAUGUGUCGAGUCCCGGAUCAUUAUCAGAGAAAUAUGGAGAGGAAUAUUUUAUUUGUACGGGGCCUGCAACUAUGUUGGCUCCAAUCACCAUUGAACCGGGUGAAGAGUGGAGAGGAGCACAAGUUAUCGAACAUGAUAAUUUGUAAUUUGUAAUUAUAUAAUAUAUAUAACUAUAUUUAUUCUACAAAAAAUUAAAUAUAUAUAUAUGUUACAGUC